AUGUCGAAACUUGGAAGCUUUAAAGUUCCAUCGUUCAUUAAGAAAAGACGAAUCGAUCAUGGUUUGCCAACAUUUAGCUGGAAUUCAUUAAGAAACGUGGAGGAAAUUGGCAGUGGUAGCUAUGGAUCUAUACAUCGCGCAAUUUAUGACAAGGAGACAGUUGUUGUUAAAAAGCUUAAAGGCGAAUCGUCAAUUGCUAAAGACCGAUUUCUUAAGGAAGCAAAGUUGCUUUUUGGAGCAAUUGCCUUAAAGCCGUACGAUCUAGUAUUAGUGACGAAGAUGAAUAGGGAAUGGUCAGAUAAGUACAGGAGAGAGACGCCAGAGUUUCCAGAAUGUGUAGUUUCACGUAAAUCUCCGCUGUAUUAAAAUGAAGCAGCCCUAUUUCAGUCCACAAAUGGUGACAAUACCCGACUCAGAUAGAGCACAUUUAAUUCCUGUGCAUAAACAUUUUCUAACAGAGUUUGGUAUAAUAAUUUAAUUGUACAUAAUCACAGCACCAGUUGACUGUUGGACUUGGACCUUGUUGUUUUGUUUAUUGAGAUAUAAGUUUGUUUAUUGGGACAUUAUUCUAUGUAUAAGAUGUCUAAAUUUUACCAUUUUUAUAAGCAGAUAAGUACAAAGUCAAAACAUUUACAAUUGCACUGAGGUAUGGAUGGGUAUAAAACUUACUAAUGGACUUUAUAUUUCAGAUUAUAGCUUUUAUAGAAUACAUUUUUCCGGAAAAUGUUAGCGUUAAAUUUUUCCGGAACAUGUUACAUAAUGGAUAAUUACAUAAUGGGCGGGGAGGGAAGGGGUUUACAUACACUAGUUUUACAUAAUGGGAGCUUAAAUGUAGUUAUUCAUACCAUUUUUUACUUCAAUUUUGCAGAAAAGUCCUUAAUAUUUACCACGUUCCGCAAUUCCAGGGCCCCUUCUCCGCAAGUUGCGCUCCCUUUUUUACUAUUAUUUAAUUGGGGUGUUAGCCCCCCCCCCCCAUACACCCCAGUAGUUAUGUAGGUUAAUUGAGGUUAAUAUUUGAGUUAUCAGGGUUGUUAAUAGUAUCAGAAUAUCGUAAAUGUAUAUGUUGCUUUUUUAUGACAUAACAGUGACUAGUGUGUAUAAUUUUUAAAUAAAUAUAGUUUUACCAAGCUACAUAUACCUACCUCAUAAAGAAAAAACUAUUCUAAAACUUUUUUCCGCGUUUUACCCUCUUUUCCGCGUUUUACCCUUUUUUCCGCGUUUUACCCUCGGGGUUCGACUUGCAGUAAGGUGUUGAGAAGUAUUUUACUAUUUAAACGCCCUACAAAUAGUAAACAAAAAACACCCGUACUUGUUUGUUUUUACGUGUAGACCAUGGUUUACCGCGAAUAUUUGUAUGCGUUUUCGAAAUAUCAAAAACGAAGGGAUUAAAAAACGUAUUAGUGCAUGUGCGUAGCCUGCAUAAGGCGGCUCAAGGGACGUAUAUCGUUCUUUCACUCAACCUUUACUCAUAUUCAGGCCCCAAAUUAAGGGUGAGUGCUGUUAUUGAAUGGUUGGAGGGUGAGUUUAGUCUCAUUAUACUGUACUCAGGACUGUACUCAGCGGGACUUGCAUGGUGAAUGCUGAGUUGCACUUAUUGAGUAUGAGGGAGCUUGUCGAAUACAGGCGCGAUAGUAUCUUUAAAGGGUGCCUUUUAUAAUUAUGAUCAUAGCCUACAGAUGAAUUAUUAGGAGAGGUCCUGGUCCAAAACAAUAUUAUGACUUACACUAUAAUAACACGUUGCUUUUUGCUUUUAAUUAGAAACCAAAGUUGGAAAAGUUGCCGUUCACGUUUUUCAGGAAACUUGCUAGCGAAGGCAUGCAAUGCGGAGGCACAAUGAGUAUUUCUAAAAUGACAGAGAUUUUCUUCGAGAUUUGUCGUCCGUCUUUCCAACAGGCUGGAACUGACAAUAGUGAUGUAGUCCACGAAGAAAAUAUUAAUUUGAAAAUGGACAUGGUAAGUACAAUUGUUUAAUUUGUAUGACUAUAUAAUUUGCCAAUACAAUUUUUUUUUCGUUAUAAACUUCCCAAAAUUUGGAAACAAAAGUUUUCGAUACAUCUUUAAUCAAGACAUUUGCAAAACGUGGCAUAUUUCUUCCUAUUUCGACUAUUUUAUUGCGCACCCCGCUCUUUCCCUAAAUUAUUAUUCCCUCAUUUAGCCGAUUUUUAAGUACAAUUGCCUAAUUUUUUAGUGCAAUCUAUCAAACGUAUUCAUACAAAAGUUUCUUGGAUUAAUGGACAUUGCCCAGGGAUAAACUGUUUAGUUAAAUUUUGGUUCAAUUUGGAUGAAAAUUUGAUGACAAAUUAGCAAACAUUUGUCUAGCUUUGCUUUCCCACAAUCAACGUGUUGGUUCAGUGUCACUUGAAAAGAAAACCAAUGAACACGGAGAAAUCUUUCCUAGCAGGGCGUUUAUAUGUUGGAAUCAAAGGCACCAAUUUAACAAUUUAACUAUCUACUAGCAAUACAUGCAUGCAAACAUUGUUUCAACAUGUGUAUUCUUAAUUACGCCAACACAGAAUGCAGGCUAGCUCGCGUUUCUCGCGUCAUGCAUGUUAGUCAUGACAACACGAUCAUUGCUUUUUAAUUUUUUGUACAAAACGGGAAAAAAAUAAAUGGAAGUUUACCUAUAUAUAGAACUAUCAAUUUGUAAAAUAUAUAAAAUAGGUAUGUUAUUUUGUAUUCUAUGGAUUUUCUUUUCAACAUGAAACUCUUCGUAAAACGUUUUUCAAUAUUCAUUAAGAAAAUUAAUGUCUUUGUUGUUCAAGUUUUGCCUAAAACAUGCAUAGCUUUCCUACUCAUUGUACAUGAAAGUUUCUUAUUUCUUAAAUUAGUCAUACAUAAACAGUCAAAACAAACCACAGAAUCCCCAGGUUACAUAGUUGUUUAUAUUUUUAGCCCGCAUAGCAUUGGACCGCCCGAGCGCCUGCUCUAUAGGGUUACUAUUUAAAACAGAAGGAAGGAGACAUAGUUCCCAAAAUAGCCCAGAUUUGCAUACGGCGCCCAAAACGUUCCUCGAUUAUUCGACUAUAAAUGCAUUUCUUUCGAAUUUAAUCGACAGGAAAACGAAUUUACAAAAAUAUUCAAAUAAAAUAUGUUUGUAAAUUCGUUGUCCAAUCAGGUUCGAGUUGGCUUUAGUGGCUUAACGACUUCCUGCAGGGGCGUAGGAACCGGGGGGCACAAAGUUUUUUAAAAAGAUUUGGUCAAAAACGUACCAUUUCGGGUUAUUGUUCCAUGUUUCGCACACCAAUAUUAGUUAGGGUUAGGGGUUAGGUAUUAAGGUUAGGGUUGGGGGUUAGGGUUAGGGUUAGGUUUAAGGUUAGGGAUAGGGUUAGAGUGUGUAUAUAUGUAUAUAGAGGUAUCCAGUUAACUUUUCAAUACACUAUAAUAUCCAUUACAUAACGUUUACUAUAUUGCUGCGCGAAACAUGGAACGAUUACCCCAUUUAGGUAUGAUAUGACGGGAAAAUUUUUCUUCCCUCCCCCCCUCGCCAACAUUUCCGGGAAAAAAUUUUAGGUACCUUUUCAAUACCCAAAAGUGCCUCUAGAAGCCGGUGCCCCCGCCAAUCUUUUGAUGCUUCCUACUCGCCUGACUUCCUGUCUACUGCAGAACAGCAAAGUUUUACAAUUUAUUGGGUGAAACGAUUUUCCAACCUUUCUUGCAUAUUUUUUUAAAUCUUUGGCUUCUUCACUCCUGGAAAACAGCUAUAUUUUUUACACCAGUGCGAGACGAGAUGAGCCAUGCGCCCGCGAUUAUUGGUAAACUUUAGACUUCGCCUGAUGCUUUUCUUUUCCUGGGUGUAAAUAGCCGAGCGGAAUUAGCACCCUCGCGCCGGGCUUACGUUGGCUCGGGGAUAAUGUUUAUAUUGAAUAGCUCUGCCAGUGCAAUAGUUCUUGUUUUUAAAUUGUUCUCCUCAAAGAACUAGUAGUAUUUUUCAAAAUUAAAUCUUUGAAAUCAGUUAAACAUAAUUUGUUAAGGUUUCAGUGUCUCCUGAAGUGAAAGAAUCGUUGAUGAUAAGAACAAAGUCAUUCGACGCAACUGGAGAACAAAAGAUUAAAAAACCCCAAAAUAAAAGCAAGGUAAUGGAUUGAUUUAUAUUUUGGCUUAUAGUAUUACCCAAACAGGAUCCGCGGAUAAUCCGAUGUAAAUUUGCGGUGUUCAAACUAAACAUACUCGUAUUUAAGUCAAUAUCAGUUCUGUUUUUAAACCGUUCUUCCUAGAAGUCCAGUCAAUAUAAUACAUUAGUAAUGCACACUCAACCAUAUACAAAUCUUCCAUUCUGAUUGGUUAUUUGACGUAGCGGACCGCGGUUAAAAGAAAACAAAGCUGAAAACUGAUUGCGGCAAACUUCAUUUGCAAAUGUUUAGGGGAGAUUUUGGGCCAAAAAUUACCGAGUUUUUCUGAAGACCUAAAAAGAUUACAAAAUAUGGCUCAAAAUCUUUUAAAUUAACGGUAAGGAACUAAAUCUAAACCGUUAUACUAUUAAUGCUUUGUCUUUGGCUUUAUUUGCUAUCUGCUUAUAUAUACUUGCAUAUUUGCAUUUUCUAAUCACAUUUAUAGUUCAUAUUUCAAGCAAAACCGUUGAAAUUACACUCCUAUAUGUAUAGUAUAGUUAUUCAACCAUUAUAUUUUUUCUAGUUUUUUUUUUCUUGCCUUAGAUAUGAUUUCAUGUUUACAUUCAGCAGUAAUAUUUCAAGGUCGUUUCCCCUAUACGAACUUUCUUUCUUUCUUUCUUUCUUUCUUUCUUUCGAACCGCCGUUCAAAACAAUUUUUCUUGUACAGUUAUAUUUAGCUGCCGGGUUUUUCAAUCAAAUCUAUGCAUUUCAGAUAAUAGUAAUCGUUUUCACAGUUAUCUUUUAUACAUAUAUUUCAUAGAUUUGAAAUACAUUACGAUUCCUUUGCGGGCAUUUUUUGCUUUUUAAUAUAAGCUUUUCUUAAUUACUGCAACUUUUGGAAAGCUGCAUGUAUAUAUGCAUGCAUGUUAACGUUUUCAAUUUAAAAAUAUUUUAAAACUUUAGAAAGUAGGUUUUGUUUCCUCCUUCUCCUCCUCCUCCUAUGAUUAUCAAGAUUUCGUUUGUAGUUUCUCAUGAUAUCAUGCAUUAACUGUUUUAUGGACUGUUUUAAACUAUUUUUAACGCUCACGAGCUGUAUACUUUGAAAGAAGUUUUGCCGACUUGUUUGCAAACUAGCAAAAAAAAUUGCAGGUGCAGGUGGGCCAAGGUUAAAGGAAAUCAUUUGAACGCUCAUACACCUUCAAUAUUCAAGCUACGCCUAUAUACGGCUUGACUUGUACAAGGUAUAUUGAUCAUGAAAGGUAAUGCAUAAAUUUAAAUUUUGGUUUGGUAUUAUCAAAACAGGAUCCGCGGAAAAUCCGACGAAUAUUGGCGGUGUUUAAACUAUAAAUAUCUCGUAUUUCGGUCAAUAUCAUAUUUGUUUUUAAACCGUUCUCCCUAGAAGUCCGUUAAUACAUUAAUUAUGUACACUCAACCAUGGCCGUCUAUUACAAAUGUUCCAUUCUGAUUAAUUGGCUACUCGACACAAUGCUGGAAAAUGUUGCGGCAAAAUUUGAUUUGCAAAUGUUUGGGAGAGAUUUUGGGCUGAUUGGGCUGAUUUGAAAUUUCUUUUUCCGAAGACCUAAAAGACUGCAAAAUAUGGAUAGCAGUCUUUCAACGGUAAGGAACUAAAUUUAAACGGUAUAUUAUCAAUAAUUUGGCUACCUGCGCUCUUAUUUGCGUUACUUGCAUUGCUCGCCACAUUUCUAAGCGGUCAAAAUGACGUUGAUACACCGUUGAUCGAAUCAACGUCGUAGAUGACCUUCCAGACGUUGGAUAUAUAGACGUUGAGAAAGGAUUGAAAUCCAAAUUGGGUCGACGCUGACGUUAAAACAACGUUCAGAUUAAGUUACUAAGCGAUCUCAUCAUGUUUGCAUAAUUAUAGCAGAAUAUUUCACUGUUUUUUUUCUUUAAAUGGUCUUCCUAGCUUGCUUGGAAAUUUCCUGCUUCAAAACAAGUUUUCUUAAACUAUUACAUAUAGCAUGAUUAGCAUCCUAGUUUUUAAAUAAAAUUUAAAUGUUGUCUAUGCAUUUCAGAUAAAAUAGUAAUCCUUUUCACUGUUAUAUAUCUUUUAUACAUAUAUUUUAUAGUUUGAACAACAUAUUAUAUAUAUGUAAAAUACUCAUUGCUGCGGAGCGAGCGAGCGUAGCAGCAGCCUUAUAUAUGCAGAGAGGGGGUUUUGAACUAAAUUUUAUUUAGCGCAUGGAAUUGUCAAUGUGGUCGUGCGCGCUUUCUAUGCGCAGAACACAAAUUUUAAACUCGCUCGAGUCUUCGAUUUUUUAUCGAAUUUCUAAAGUUUUUUCAAGUCUAAUGUUACGUUUACAUUUGUUUUGGCAUACGUUUACAUUUGCUUUGGCCACUGUC